CGCCGGAGAGCCCAUGGCUGAAACAAGCAUCUUUUCAUUGGCCCGACAAAUAGAACCACUCCUACUUCCUGAGCCCACCGGCGGCGGCUCUCCUGCAGCCGGCAGCCACGAGACAACGGCAGGGGCCAGCGAUGGCGACGGCGGAGAACAAGAGGCCUCGGAGCAGCGGCGGCGUGGAGAGGCCGCCGAGUAGGAAGGAGAUAUUGGGGAGGAAGAAGGCCAUCAAAGAACUUAUAAGGAAAGCUGUAGCUGUGAAGGAUCAUCUUGCGCAGUUCCCGGAUUUUCAUAAAUACGAGCGAAGUGGUUUUUCGAUCUACUUGGAGUCUGGGCAUGGCAAUCAGCUUUCAGUGCCAACGAGGAAGUACAUCCAAAAUCUUCUCAAGGCUAACAUGAAGGGAACUUAUGGAUCAGAAUGGCCUUCAGAAGAGAAAAUUAAGCGCCGGGAAAUGGUUGCCCCAGAAGCACGAUAUAUCCUGAUCUGCCAAUAUGCAGACAGUGAUAUUGCCAAAUGUUUCAUGAAGCAAGAUUCAGGGGUGGAAUGUGCACAUGUGACAUGCCGUGGAGGCCGCUUGCUUGGUUUUGUACACUACAGAUUUGUUGUUGAAUUGGAUGUGCCUGUUCUUUAUGUGUAUGAGCUACAAUUGGAGUCUUCUGUCCAAGGGAAGGGGCUGGGGAAGUUCCUAAUGCAGUUGAUUGAACUUAUAGCUUGCAAGAGCCAAAUGGAGGCCGUGAUGCUAACAGUUCAAAAAUCUAAUACAGGUGCUAUGGCUUUCUACAACAAUUUGGGAUAUGUAAUAUCCAGUGCCUCGCCAUCACGAGUGGAUCCACUGGUAUUACUUUACCAAGAAAUAGUCUCCACAGGAACAAGAUAUUUGUAUGUUGACUCCUUCAUUUUCCACAGAUUGGAAUUCAUAGAAGCUAUGAGAUCUUGUGCAAGACAUUUGAAUCUGAAGCCAAGUGCAAAUUGGAGGAAGGCAACUAAUGCACGGGGGAGCACAACACGACUUUGGUUGCAUAACAAGCUCUGGCGGGAUGCGACAGCCCAUGUUUUUGUGAUUUAUUUGGAGUAGUGCAGGAUGUUUGGUUUUAUAUCUUCAGAGCCAAGGCACCAUUUACUUUCUGAACAGAAGUACUACAACAGUCAUUACUACCAAGUAGGAAAGUAAAAGACAAAAAGGGAAGGUGAAGACAUUGAACAAGACAAGAAAACCGCAGAAAUAAAAGAAACAAUGGCUACUUAGAAAUGGGCUAUCAAGGAAAUUUUAGUUGGGUUGUGUUUUCUUUGCCCCUGUUCAACUGAUGGAGCCAAAUUUCGAGAAAAGUCGUAUGAAACUAGUGUGUCACCCGGGGAUUGGUGACUUCAAUUUUUUGGGUUUUUUUUGUUGACUUGAAAACUUAUGUUCAGUUUUCUGUGCUAUUUAGUCUCAAACGAAUUUGUCUGAAACUAUUGUUGCUGAUACACUUAAGGAAACAAACACGAUGGUCCACCCCAUUGGAUAGACUUGGUCAAAGUUAUAAAAAAGUGUACCCCAUCGAGGACCAGUACACAAGUUGUUUCACAUAGCUAAAAAGAUUCACAUAUAACAAGUUCUCAAUGGUGCAUUGCUCAGUGCAUCCACAAACUUUCUCAUUGUUUCACAUACCUGACAUACAUGUACUUUCUCUACUUGAAGGGAGUACGGAGCACACACACACACACACACACACACACACACACACACACACACACACACACACAAACACAAUAACCAUAUAAAACCAACGAGCAUGCUGGUGAUAGGCUUGGUUAGUUUCAGACAUAGUGGGAAAAAUUAUAUUAUUACAUAGCAACUUGGAUGCCACAAAAGAGUCCUUUUCUUGGAGCAAAAGUCUCCUAGUUUGAUCCGGCAUCAAUGAGUAUAACAGCGCACUGGUAACUGGCUGAACCAUAAGAAACAUGAAACGAACUAUUUAGAUAAAUAGUGGAUAGUAGCCCAUUCAUCGGCUGCACAAAAAGAGCUUUUUUUUGUUGGUCGCAUGUAGCAUACACCUUUCACAUAAAUGCUGGAUUUUGGUAGACUCCUGGAUGAAAGAAACAAGGAACUUUUGAUUGCCUCCCUAUAAAUUCGUGUCUUGUGCAAAUGCUUGGCGUUCACCCCCAUUGCCAAAGCAACAUGCUCGUUGUUUCUUGCGGUGUUGGUGGUUGUUUGGUAUAUGCAUCCAAGAACCAAAGGCGCACGCUUCUUGCUGCGGUUGAUUGCUUUUUGUGAUGGUGGCAUUUGUCGUGCAUUUCAUCUCUCUAGUGAACCUCUCUUGCUGACACUAUUGUGAGUCGGAGAAGUGUCUUUUUUUUCUUAAAGUUAGAAAAGGGACUGAUUCUGUUGAUAUUCUGGUCUUUGCAUCAGGUUUCACAACACAAAGUAUGUUUAGAAUUUAGAGGACGCAAACAAGUGAUCUGAACCAGAUUCAAAAGGGAGGAGCAGAAUGUAAAUUUGAUGCCAGUGACUGGUACAUCUUUAAAAAAGGUAUAGGGAAAUAAGACAAUCAUGGCCAUGCUCAUCUAAUACAAUGCUAAUUCUCAAAAAAAAAAACUAUGUAGUGGCCGCCUAGAGGGCCAAGAUUUGACUCUACUCAUAGCAGUUCAUAGUAGUUUUGAAAUUAAUGCAUAUAUAACAUAUACUAUAUUUUCCCUUGUAUUUUUGCACCUAUAUGAGAUCUUGUACUUUUUUUCCACUAAACUGAAACCUGUGAGUCUUUUUGUGUUUCCAGUUAUCUCAGUAGAUUAGUUCUACAUGUGCACCAACUUUUACCUAGUACAACUUUAAUACAAAGUUGUAAUAGAGCCGCGUCAUUUAAUUUGGAUCGGAUGGAGUAGCUCAUUUUACUCUUGUCUAAAGAUGGCUGUGAUGCAUGAUUUUGGAUGUUGAUUGCUGAGCCAAUGGAUUAAUAUGUGGCUUCCAAGUUGAAUCAUGCACUGUCAAUUUGCUUCAAUGAGUUGUUGGCGCCGUUUAUUUUCUGAACAUAAGUAGUACAACAGUCAUUGCUACCAAGUAGGAAAGUAAAAGACAAAGAGGAAAGGAUAAGACAUUGAACAAGACAAGAAAACCACAGAAAUGGUUCGAUCUCGUGAUAAUAAGCGACAUUGAACAAGACUAUCAAGGAAAUUAGCCAGCACAGACGUUAGCGAGCUAUGUCACUGAUACAUGGGCCAGUUGUUCCUCACAACAUACUAACGAUGGCUCAUCUGGCCCGGCACACAACCCACCUCACUUGAUCACCAAUCACAGGUUCCCAAAGAAUCUCCUGAAAAGAAAGAGGAUCGCCUCAAAAGAAAACGAGCACACAACGGAUAGGGAAGGAAAGUUGCCACUUCACUAAAGUUCUUCUCCUACGCCAUGUGUUCACAGGCACACGUGACACCCAGAUCGCACGGCGUUGACAGCUUGCGCAUCCGUCGUGCUUACAUCAUGACAUGAUCAUGAACACGCCGUGAGCGGGUGCAAGGACCGUCGGACGGUUGCAGGCCCGUCGCACUGCAAGCCGUGGUAGCAAACAUGUGCUUCAUAGAACUACUCUAGAAAAAACAUGAUUGCUUGGCGUCUAGAGUCUAAACAGAACAACAGAAAUACAACGCUUUGUGUGCCAGCUAAGAAGGCACAUCUAGCAGGAACACCAUCUAAAACUGAAAGUAUGCCUAGGUGUGGUGAUCACUAUGUUCCUCAUGCCUCUCAUGCCUACAGAUUCUAUGUGGCUACUAUGUGCUCCCAACAUCGGCACGAAGCCUAAAACUCGCAUUGGGUCUUUGUGUGA